AUGUGUAGUUCAUUUUUAACUACUAAUAUAUUAUGCUGUUAUGUUCCAGUCUCUGGGAUGAAUAUGACCAAUCCAAUGAAUGAUGAAUCUAUAUGGGAUUCCGGUGAAGAUGAGUCUGUAUUAGAUGCUGAGGUUCCUAUUGAUCGAACUACAGUUGUUGAAGCAUUGAAUGCACCUACUGAUGAAAAGAAUGAAUGGUCUCAUAUGAAUCCAGCUAUGUCUUAUGAUGAAAAACAGAAUGUACCAAAACAUGCUACACGUAGUGGUUUAUAUAAAUUAAAUGAAAAUAAAAACACUUCUGGGGUCCCAUUUACAAAUGACAAUAAUAGACGAGGUAAUUUGUUUUUAUAUGCAGAAAAAUGUUAUUUGAAAUGGAAUGUAUAA